CUAAACCCCUAAAACAUGUUAAAUUACUCUGAACACCUUAGUUUAGGUACAAAUAUAGCCAAAUGCACAGGUACCUACGUGGUCUCGCCUUCUGCGCAGGAACCGGUUUGACUGUUGCAGGCCUUGCAAAGUUUUGUCACCUGAAAUGAGCACCUGAUAACUAGAUCCGACCUUAUUUCAUAAACGAACAACUCUGGUCCAACCGUUUGGAUCGCUAUAAACGAAAGCGGCCCAAUUUGAACAUGGUUAUCGAAAGUGAAACAAGGAUACGAAACUGCGGCUUGUUUUCGGCUGACAGACCAUUUACCAUAAAGCCUGUGUCGUGUCGCCGGUAGUUUGUUGGGUGUGCCUAUUUAGACAUAAACUAGCUAGGGACGAACUGAGUUUCCAAGGAGCAAGGACCAAGAAGUGAAGACACACUGACUACAUAUUUUGUCUGAACAGGAAAAUGGCACUACAGACUACCGGAAGAACUAUCGGGAAAUUAGCACUGAGUCAUGGUUCUAAGCUGUCAGCCAUGCACUCACAAAGAUGGUCUUCUAGUUUAUCAAAAAGGAAGACAACCCAGCUGAAAGAAAUGCUGAACUCAAAAGAACUUGAGUUUAUUAUGGAGGCACAUAAUGGUCUCAGUGCCAGGAUUGUUCAGGAAGCAGGAUUUAAAGGUAUCUGGGGAAGUGGCCUCUCGGUGUCUGCGCAGCUCGGUGUGCGUGACAGUAACGAGGCAUCAUGGACGCAGGUAGUGGAGGUCACAGAGUUCAUGAGUGACGCCACAAACAUACCAAUCCUGCUGGACGCCGACACUGGAUAUGGGAACUUCAACAACGCAAGGAGACUUGUCCGUAAAUUAGAAGACCGGGGUAUCGCUGGAGCCUGUAUCGAAGACAAGCUGUUCCCUAAGACAAACUCACUCCACGAUGGCAGAGCACAGCCGUUAGCUGACAUUGAAGAGUUCUGUUUGAAGAUCAAGGCUUGCAAGGACACACAGACAGACCCUGACUUUUGUAUUGUGGCCCGAGUGGAAGCGUUUAUCGCUGGUUGGGGACUCGAGGAGGCCCUGAAAAGGGCUGAAGCUUACCGAAAUGCAGGAGCUGACGCCAUUUUGAUGCACAGUAAAAAGUCAGAUCCAUCUGACAUUGAAGCUUUUAUGAAAGCUUGGAAUAAUCAGGGACCAGUCGUGAUAGUACCUACAAAGUACUACACCACCCCGACUGAAACGUUCAGAGAUAUGGGCGUUUCCAUGGUGAUCUGGGCCAACCAUAACCUGCGGUCGGCCGUGUCGGCCAUGCAACAGACAACAGCACAGAUAUAUAAAGAUCAGUCACUUGUAAACGUGGAAAAAAAGAUUGUGACUGUGAAGGAAGUUUUCCGACUUCAACAGGAUGAUGAGCUGGUGCAGGCAGAGGACAAGUACCUCCCACAGAAGUGAUAGACCACACCCACUGCUAUAAACCACACCAACUGUUAUAA